AUGGAGAGGAGUGGGAGGGUGGGGAGGAAAGGCAGGAACACGAGUAUGGUGGGGAUGGCGAGGAGUGGGAAGGCGGCGACGCGAUGGACGUGGACGCGCAUGAACAAGAGGGCAUGCACCACGGGGAAAAGGACUACGACUCGGACGACAGUUACGAUGACGAGGAUGAAGAUGGCCGGCAGGGUCAUGAGCGCGGACGGCCUCGCCGCGGACGCGCACAGAAUGACGAGGUCGAUCACAAUGAACGCAACGAAGACACCGCGCACGACCGCACCGAGGACGCGCCCGAAGAGGGCGAGGCGCCGGUGCAGGACAAGAGCACGACUAAGACGCUUGGGUGGCGGAAGAGUCAAGGACGAGGAACAAGGCGACGCGUCCGAGAAAGAGAAAGAGAUACCUGCUACCCAACCCGAGCCAGAGCACGCAAUCGAGGCCCACGAUCGACCGGCGCAAGCACAGGUCGACGAGGAUACAGAGGAAGAAGAGGACGAGGACGAAGCCAACGAGCAGCCUGCCCCGCUCGCCACACCCAUGAAGCGCGCCCCGCCUUCGCACGCAUACUAUACCCCGCAGGCGGCGCGGCCAACGUUUGGGCUGGGAACGCCUUCGUCGAGCGUCAACAGUACUGCGCUGACUGGUGUUCGCUCUUCUCGCCCUUCCGCUACGUCGCUUCAACCGAUCGAUUAUCCCUCUGGCGCAUCCGCCCAUACAACUGGUUCACUUAACCGCACAAUGUCGAUCCCACCACCACCUCCCGUCACACCUGCUGCACUCCAGGCCAUCCGCGAACGGCGGCAGAGCGCACGUAACGCGCCUGACGACUUUAUGGGCCGGGUGCCCGGGAUGACGCCCGGGCGGACGAAGAGCACUUCUCCUGUGAAGGAGCGGCGCCCGCUGCCUGCGAUGGUGCCGGAGGAGGCGGAGUCGUCUACGGCUCAGCAUCAUCGUCUUUCGACACCUCUUGGCCAGCCAGGGAUACUGGGGCAGCCGACCAACACGCCCCUCCCGCCCGACACCCGGGGCCUGCUCGAUCGCAUGAUGAGCACGAUCGAGGACCUGAAGGAGAGGAGGCGGCAGAGUCUGGCGGCGAGUCCCAUCAAGCCGGCGCGUCCGCCGCCGCGGAUGGAGGAGAGUGAGGAAGAGGAAGAUGAGGAAGAGGAAGAGCAUGACAAGGAGAAUGUGCAGCAGAAGGAAGUCGUGCAGGAGAAGCGGGAUGAGGGGAGGGAGAAGGAGUCGACGAAGAUGAGCGAGGAUCACCCGACGCCAAACGACGACAGGAUGCGGACGAGCGAAGAUGACGGCAGCGAGGAAGAGUGGGAGAGGCUCCCCGCGCCACCCACCAGAGGGCGACCCGCGAGUCCAGUCAAGCCGCUGUCUGGCAGGCCAGCGAGUCCGGUCAAGCCACCGUCGACCUCGCAGGCUUCUACCUCGCACCCCGCGCCUCCGCAAACGCCCAACAUGAAGGGCAUCCGCGAGAUGUUCAUGCACCAGAAGCAGCGCGGGCUCGGGACGCCCGCGGUCGAGGCGGUCGGCGAGAUGUUCGCGCCGCUAGAGGCGCCGGAGACACCCGUUCCAGGACCGCCGGAGACGCCGUCGACCGGGGAGACCGUGACGCCCUCGACGGGCGAGCUGGAGGCGGACGAUGAGGCGACGCCGGGCGAGCGGGCCAGGGACGAGAAUGAGUUGGUAGGAGACGCCCCGGCGGAGAAGCCGAAGAGCGGGCGGGUGAUGAAGGGGAAGGGGAAGAAAGCCGCGACGGAGGAAUCGCAACCGCCAGCUGUUGUCAAGAAGGCGACGCGUGCAAAGGCAGCUGAGACCCCCGCCACGCGAACUCGUGCGACCCGGGCGAGCUCGAAGCAGCCCGAACCAUCGGACGUGGAGGAAGAGGCGCCUCCGCCCAAGACCGCGGCGCGCGGACGACGCGCCAAACAGGCCGAGGAAGACGAGUCUACGGGAGAGGAAGCAGCACCUGCUACGCGGACACGGAAGGGCAAGGCGCCUGCUUCUGCGACCAAGUCGACCAAGACUGCAGCACCUCCUACGAUUGAGGAAGAGCCCAGCAGCGAGGAGCCUGCGCCGCGGACGAGGACACGCACUCGCACCCGUACCACGCCGACACCGGAACCGGAAGUCCAGCCGAAGACUACACGUACGACGCGGAAGACGCGCACGGCGCCAACGCCUGAGCCCAUCGAGGAAGAAGCAGACGAAGAGGCACCCAAGCGGACUACGCGUACGCGUAAGGCGACGGCGGUCAAGCGGGAGGACUCUGACGAGAUUGCCCCGCUCGCAGGGCCAUCGUCCGAGGCUCAAACAACGGGCAAGCAGCUGCGCAAGCCGACGUCGCGGGCGAAGAUUACGCCAACGGCGAAAGCGGGCGCGUCUGCCGCCAAGGCGAAGGCGGGCACAUCGGCGGCGAAGGAGAAGGCUGCCCCGCGCGCGGAGAGCCCGAUGGAGAAGGAGAACACGGAGGAGCAGGCCGCGACGAAGCUCCGUGUGACGCGGCGCGGUGGGCGUAAGAAGGUGAAGGAGGAAGAGGAGGACGGGGUGGUCACGGAGCCUGAACCCGUUGUGACCAGGACCAGAGUGACGCGGUCGAGGGCAACUAGGACUUAAGCUUGUAUACUCUAGAUGAAUGAACUCGCGACCAAGGGUAUCUGCAU